CACAGAGUGACAGAGUGACUGUCAGUGUUUCGGUUCAAUACUUGACACUCCGUACAUGCACGGUAGACAUACAUACUCAUUACAUAGGAUAUAAUGUGUGCUGAAGGACAAUUCACCCGAGAAGAGAGAUGCAGGCUACAGACUCUCUUGAGCAGAGCACAGGCAGAUUACCUAAGUUGUGCUGAUACUCUCGGACUUCCUAAGAAGAACGUCACAUGGGAGGGUAUAUAUACGCCGACUGCGUCACUUCGACAAGAAGGGCCUAUGUGUGGUAUCAGUGCGUUAUGUAUGAGUAUGCAUGGGAUACAGCCUGCUGUACAAGAUGUCACGGAUACAGAAGCUUUCAAUGUACUAGUGAAUAGUUUACCUUCUUUUCUAAUCAAAGAGUGCGACAAAACUGAGCCAACCCCUGUGCUAAACCGCACAACUUUAGAUACAGAGUCUCUCAAACUACUAGUAUAUGCCAUUACAAAAGGCAUCACCACUUACGGAGAAUUCUUCUCGAGCACUUCCCUCGCAGAUCUGGCACUUAGGUACUAUAACAGGCAGGUGAGGUGUGUCAAAAAUUGGACUUGCAGCGAACUCGCCUCACAACUGCACAGUGGAAGGCUUGCGUUGGUGCCGUACGAUGCGGACUUUAACCACCAGCCCUGUAGCAAGAAAGGAAUCAAGGCACAUUGGGCUGUGUUAACAGGUAUGGUAUGGAUAUCGCAUUCAGAUGCUAACGAGAGCGCAAAUACCUUGCAAGUCGAGGCCUGUGACGUGUGUGUGCUAGAGAAUGGCCAGACAGUACAGGAUGACCUACGAAACAUCCGCGUGGCUACCAUAGCAACGCCCAUCGACACGGAAUCAACAAAUGCUCCGACUGAAAUGAAAACGCAUAAUACUAGCGAUAUAACUAGGCUCGAAACCAGGAAUGCCUACGUGCUGGCACGCCAUGGAAAGAGCAGCCAUUUGGCACUGUGGUCGUUAAGUUCACUCUUCGAGAGCAAUGCGCAACUCACGUGCAUGGAUCCCACAAUCAGUCCGGCGAUUACACAACGCUAUCCCCCGCUGGCAGAAGGUCUGUGUAGUUCUAUAGUAAUGUUAACUUAAAAUGGAUUUUAAGCUUAUUGGAGUUGUGCAAUUCGUGUUAUAUCUGGUUAAAAGAAACUAAUCACCAAGUACAUGUAUCUGACGACAACCGGGUGUGGUUGCGACCUCCUUUGCAAGUAAAAGGGACAUGCGAUACGCCAAUGCAGGUUACCGGUGAAUAAUUCUUCAGCUAGUAAGUUUAGACUUGAGUCGGGCGUGGUACUUGCAGUUGCGCUGUACGUUGGUCUCAGCCUUGCUGUGCUCGAUUGUCGGAGAGUCACAUUAAUUAAAAAUCCCACGAUAACUUGCCCUCUGA